AUGCGCCACGUACCGCAUCCAGUCGCGGUUAUCACUUCCACCGAUAUCGCUGUCAGUCCUGAAGGUGCACCAACCGCAUGGCGCGGUGCUACGGUCUCUUCGUUCAAUACAGUGACGCUACGUCCGACGCCUAUCGUGUCAUUCAACAUUACAAAGCAAUCCUCGACAUAUGACGCCAUCAAAAGUUCCGGGCUUUUCAACGUCCACUUGCUAAGCUGUUCGUCAAGCAGCAGUAGCAUAGCUGGCAGGUUCAGCAGAGGCAACGCCUCUUCACCGUUUCAUGUCGAAGACGGAUCCCUAGCAACGUGGGCUGGGGAACAACAUAUGAAUGCACCUGCGCCAUCACACCUCGGACCCCAAAUCGGGCGCAAAUCUCCAAUCAUCAAGUCCCCUCUUCAAGCUGUCCUUCGUUGUAAGCACAUUGCACAGAAGACGGUGGAGAUCGGAGACCAUGUGGUGAUAUUUGGUGAAGUGGUCGAGAAGUAUGAUGAACUGCAUCAUCUCGAGGAGGCGAGCGUCUGGCUAUACUAUGUCAACGGCAAAUACAGCCCGCUGAUCUCGGCAAAACCAUCGGGCAACGUAUCUGUCGGUUCCGGUCUCCUUGCUCCUCAGGGUCAAGGAACAGCUGCUGGAUAA